GCUUGCUAUAUAAUGGUUCACAACCUGUAGUUCCACUGCAAAACAUAGGCAGAGUUUCUAUUGAGAAAUUUGUUUUGUAGCAGGAGAGAUGGCCUUGCAUUUCACAAUGGCGUUUGCUUUCGGUCUUCUAGGUAACAUCAUCUCCUUUCUGGUCUGCCUUGCUCCUAUGCCAACUUUUUAUAAAAUAUUCAAGAAGAAAACAAGUGAAGGGUUUCAGUCUCUCCCAUAUGUGAUUGCAUUGUUCAGCGCCAUGCUGUGGCUGUUCUAUGCAAUUUUUGCGAAUGAUGCUACACUUCUCAUCACAAUCAACUCCGCCACCUUUUUGAUGGAAACUGCCUACAUUGUUAUCUACCUUUUUUAUGCCUCCAAGAAGGACAGGAUUCUCACAACGAAACUUGUCCUCCUGUUCAAUGUUUUUGGGUUCGGCCUCGUAUUUGUCAUAGCUAUGUUCCUAACACAUGGCAAAGAACGUGUCAAAGUUUUGGGAUGGAUUUGUAUGGUAUUUGCUCUAUGCGUUUUCGUUGCACCUCUUGGGAUUGUGAGAAAAGUUAUAAAAACGAAGAGCGUCGAGUACAUGCCUUUUGCUUUAUCAUUCUUUCUCACAUUGAGUGCGAUCAUGUGGUUCUUCUAUGGUUUUCUAAAGAAAGACGUUUUCGUUGCUAUUCCAAAUAUACUGGGGUUCAUAUUUGGUAUACUCCAAAUGCUGCUCUAUGUGAUCUACAGAAAACCCAAGAAUACCUUGGAGAAGCCAACACUUGAUGAAAUAUCUGAACACGUUAUCGAUGUCGCAAAGCUGAGUGCAAAUGCUUGCAGCGAGAUAAGCAGCGCAGUGGUUGCACCCGAGAAUAUUAGCAAUGACAAUGUCCAAGGUAAUCAUGUCAUGGAGCAGCCCAAGCAAAUCAAUCCAGACAAAGAUCUCUCGGACACAGUUUAAGUUUUAGCAACCAAAUUAAUAGACCAUUAAUUUAUUAUCUCAGCUUGUAGCUAGUUAAAUAAAGAAAGCUAGCUAGCCUGUAUUUCUAUAUAAUUUAGUAUCUCCAAAAAAAAAAAAAAAAGGUCUUCAUAAUAAUCAAGAUUACAUAUGACCCUUGUUAUAUAUGUGAUAUUAUUUUUAUGCUAGAUUUACAGUCGAUACAGUGGGUGUUCUCCACGGCAUGCCCGUGUAAUAGGCAGAGAAGGGAAGUCUACUGUUUAUAGCUAAUCAUGUUAUGUACUUGUCAUUAGCCAAUUAGGUUGAUGGACUUUUAUAAUUAAGACAUAUUUUUCUGACU